AUGAAGAUUGUUGUAGAAAAGACGAGUGGAUUAAAUGUUGUAGAUAAAAAGUUUAAGCCCAAAUAUUUUAUAAAAAAUAAAUUACGAUUUGUAUCUCCAUAUGUUUAUACAUAUAAACUAUUUUCCAAAAAAAGAUGGUUUGGAAAAAAUAUAGUGGAUGUAUUAGCUUCUGAAUUUUGUGCAUACAAUACAGAUUACUUUUUAGAGUCAAUAAAAAAAGGGUAUAUAAAAGUAAAUAAUAAAAAUAUAACUAACGAUUAUAUAAUUAAAAGUAAUGAUUUUAUUGAACAUAAAUUAUUGUUAUUUGAAAAACCAGUUUUAUAUAAUAAAAUAAUAAUUUUAUAUGAAGAUGAAAAUUUUAUUUGUGUAAAUAAAGUGGCUAGUAUGCCUACUCAUCCAGUUGGCUCUUAUCAAUAUAACUCUCUCCUAAGAAUUUUACAAAAUUAUAUUAGCCAAUCUGGAAAAAACGAAACUCAAAAUAAAAACGACAAUGAAAUAGACGAUGUUAUCAAAAUCGAUCUUAAUUUAAAAAAAAAUAAUUUUCAUGUUUUGGAUACAAUAUAUACACACUGGAAAGAAAGCAAAGAAAAAUCAAAAUUUAAAUUCUCAAAACAAAUUUUAAAUAACGAUAAUUAUGAAGAAAUAAAUGAAGGAAAUAGCGAAAAAAAAAAAAAAAAAAGAAAAAUUUAUAAUAAUGGACAAAAUUACCUGAACGAUUCAGGAAAUUUUAAUAAAAAGCUAGCUACAAAUUGUAAUGAAAAUAAAACGGAGCUCACCAAUGUAACAAAUGAAGAAUCACCACUACUUAAUAAUGAAGUGGAGACAAAUAUAGAAUCGAACAUUUUGAAGAAUGAAAAAAGUGUGUCCCUUGAAAAUGGAGAAUGUUCUACCAAUUUAUGCGAUAAUAAAAAAUUUAUUAAAAGCGAAAAAAAAGAAAUAAAUUAUAAAGUAAAUAGCUCGAAACAAAAUGAAAUAAAUUAUAAACUAAAUAGCUCGAAACAAAAUGAAAUAAAUGAAGAUAAUAAUAACAAAGAUGAUUCUUAUAUUUAUACAUUACAUAGGUUAGAUAAAUUAACAUCAGGAAUUGUAUUAUUUGGAAAAAAUAAAAAAUUUUCUACAUUAUUUUCUGAAUAUGUGUGUAAUAAUAAAAUAACAAAAUCUUAUAUAACACGUGUGGAAGGUGAUUUUCGAAAUUUGAUUAAAAAAUUGAUUAAUGAAAAUAAAAUAUUACAAAGUCAUAACGAAAAUUUUAAUGAAGAUGAUGAAAUAAAUAAUUUAUAUGAAGAGUAUUGUAAUAAUAAUGGAAUAAAAAAUAAUGAUAUAUAUCAGUUUAAUGGUGAUCCAGUAGGUUCAUUUAAAAAUGAUAUAUUUUUAUAUCGUAAUAAAUAUAAAAACAAUGAUAAUAAAAAUAUUGAAAAUAAAGAAACAGAUUUAAAAAACUUAUUUAAUUCUAUAAAGGAAAAUAAUAAAUAUGCAGAAGAUCUUUUUGAUAUAUCCAAAUUUGAAGAUGAUCAAAAUAUAAAACAAAUGGAUGAAGAUUUUGAAACUUAUCAUAAAUAUUUUGUCAUAGAUUUUGGGUAUAUGUAUUGUGAAGAUAAAAAAUUAUUAAAAUAUGUUUUUACAAAAUAUAAUAAAGAAAAUUAUCAGAUUGCUAAUCAAUAUUCUAUAAAACCUAGUGUAACCAAAUUUAUGUUUUUGUCAUAUAAUAGCCAACUUAAUGAAUCACUUCUAUUAUGCCAACCAAUGACUGGAAGAACCCAUCAGAUUAGAACCCAUCUAAAAAGCUUGUCUUUCCCUAUAUCGAAUGAUUCACAUUAUAAUCCAAAUGUUGAAAAGGAAUACAUGACAAAAACAGAGAAAUUAUAUUUUGAAAAUCAACCAAAUGGGGAAAGUAAAAAUAUAGAAAAAUAUUCAUACUAUCCACUUGUUCCUUUUAUGAAUACCUCAUUUAAUUGGCUAUAUGAUGAUAAUAUAAAUUUAAAUAAUAUAGAUAAUGAAGAAAAUUUAAAUAAUUAUUUUUUUAAAAAUUUAAAUAACUCUACUUAUCAUAGUUCAGGAAUUUUUCUACAUUCAUUUAGAUACACAUGGGAUCAAGUAUUCGAUAUUUUUACUCUUCUUCCAAAGUGGUGUAAUUUAUUUUAUAUUCCAAAAUCCCUCUUCAUAUUUUUGCUAUAUGGCUGUUUGUCGACACCCAGCAAAAUUUGUUAA